AUGGCUCGAGGCUCUUCUAAGUCUGGCCAUCCAUCUGUGCAAAAGCUAACAGAAGAUGUAAGGAAUCUGCAGAUACAAAAUGAGCCAGACGUUGGAAACACCGAAAAGGGUAACAUGAAAGGGAAAAAGAACAAGCCAAAGAACAAGACAAAGGCUAAAGUUGAGCAUAAAGAUGAUGAAAACAAUUUGGUCCACCCACAAGAACAAGAGCCAUUAUAUGAAUACGAUCAAGAAGAACGUGAAGAGGACAAGGAAGCGCCGACGGAGCCUGAGGAAAUUCUUCCAGAGCACGCUUGUGCCUACUGCGGGCUCGCCGAUGUGGACUGCGUGAUCAAGUGUACAGUGUGUAAUAAAUGGUUCUGCAACGGGAGUGGGAAAACGACGUCAUCUCAUAUUGUGACGCACCUCGUUCGUGCGCGACACAAGGCCGUUAUGCUGCAUCCUAUGUCACCACUAGGUGAUACAGUGCCGGAAUGCUAUACAUGUGGUUCAAAAAAUCCAUUUGUUCUUGGAUUUUUGCCAGCGAAGGGUGAAGCUGUUGUCAUGCUGCUUUGUCGUACGCCUUGCAAUUUUGCGGCCAAUACGAAGGAUAUGGACUGGGACGCAUCACAGUGGUCGCCACUCAUUGAGAAUCGCGCAUUUUUGUCGUGGUUUGUCAAGAUUCCGUCUUUGAAGCAGCAAAAGAGUGCGCGCCAGAUUACAUCAGACCAGAUCCGCAAACUCGAGGAUCUCUGGCGCGAAAAUGAGCUCGCGACACUCCGGGACGUCGAGAAUCCGGAACAGGAACGGAAACUUCCUGAGACCAUGAUAAAAUACGACUCACUUGCACAAUACUAUGAAAUAUUCCGAGUUUUGCUUUCUGUCGAGGAAGCAUACGACAAAAAGAUCAAAGAAAAUCUCGCUCAGCAUGACAUUACCGUGCGGUGGGAAGAGACUAAAAACAUGUUGCUAGUUUGGUUGCGUCUUCCGCAGCUUGAAAGUGGUGAAAUUCGCUUAAGUAUGGGCGAUGAGUUGCUGCUUCGUUACACAGGUAGCAUGGCACCUGCGUGGGAAUCAACGGUGACAGUGGUUCGCUUCUCACCCACAUCGUCGAUGGAAGUGGCUUGCGAAGUGCCAAAGCAUCUAUCGCCGCCACUCGAGUGCACGACAAACUACAUGCUCGAGUUUGUAUGGAUUGGCAUCACUUAUUCGCGCAUGAAAAAUGCGCUCUCUCGAUUUUCACGCGGUCGUCCUUGUAUGUCGACGUACCUCCAAAAAGUCCUGCUGGGAAUUCCAAGCAAAGCCAUUCCACUACAGGUGCAAAUGCCUCGGCGACUUCAUGUCUCUGGCUUGCCGGAGCUUAAUUACAGUCAACUCACUGCGCUAAAAACGGUACUCACGUCCCCCUUGAGUUUGAUCCAAGGUCCUCCUGGUACAGGCAAGACUGUAACGAGUGCUUCUUUGAUCUAUCACCUCGUGCAGAUGAAGCGGGGCAAGAUUCUGGUGUGUGCUCCUUCGAAUGUGGCUGUUGAUCAGCUCACAGAAAAGCUUCAUCGCACAGGUCUCAAAGUCGUACGUCUCGUCUCACGCAUGCGCGAAACCAUCAGUAGUCAAGUUCGUUUCCUGGCUCUACAUGAGCAGGUAGCGCAGGUGGAAGAAAACACAGAAUUGUCGCAUUUGAUCGAACAAAAGCGGAACAAUGGAGAGCUCAGCACAAUGGAAGAGCGCAGAUACAGGAGUCAAGUGUUCCAGCGCGAGCGGGAGAUUCUCGAUGCUGCAGAUGUUAUUUGCACGACGUGCUCGAGCUCAGCAGACAGACGGCUCCAUUCAUACGAGUUCCAGACUGUGCUCAUUGACGAAGCGACUCAAGCAGUCGAGCCAGAGUGUCUAAUCCCAAUUGUUCGUGGUUGCCGUCAGCUUGUACUCGUUGGUGAUCAUAAGCAGCUAGGUCCUGUCGUGCUGAACCGCAAAGUGGCUGAUGCUGGUAUGAACUUGAGCUUAUUCGAACGGCUGGUUCUUCUUGGUGUGAAGCCACGGCGUCUUGAAGUGCAAUACCGUAUGCAUCCAGCAUUGUCGGAGUUCCCAAGCAACAUGUUUUACGACGGCAUGUUGCAGAACGGCGUAAGUGCGCAUGAGCGGUUGCGAAGAAAUGUUGCAAUCCCUUGGCCAGUGCCUAACAUGCCUAUGAUGUUCUAUCAAAACCUGGGACAGGAAGAAAUCUCCGCCAGUGGAACGUCGUAUUUGAACCGGACCGAAGCAUCGAGCGUAGAGAAGCUCGUUACUACACUGCUAAAAGCAGGCGUUGCUGCCGAACAUAUUGGUGUGGUUACACCCUAUGAAGGUCAAAGAAACUUUGUCAUCAACUAUAUGCAGCUGCACGGCAGCAUGAUGAAAGACGCAUACCGCAAUGUAGAAGUGGCAAGCGUCGAUGCGUUCCAGGGCCGUGAAAAGGACUAUAUCAUCGUCAGUUGCGUCCGAAGCAACAGCAGCUUGGGCAUAGGAUUCUUGAGCGAUCCCCGUCGCCUGAAUGUGGCGCUCACACGUGCUCGAUUCGGUCUGAUUUUGAUUGGAAACCCACGCAUCUUAUGCAAGAAUCCUCUCUGGUACCACCUACUCGUUCAUUUCAAAGACCGGAAUCUGCUUGUCGAGGGUGCCCUGUCGAACUUGCAGCCAUCGAUGGUUCGAUUUGGCCCGCCACCUGUCGAGCGCAGGGUUAUGUCUCGGUUUGAACGUGCAGCUUCGGAGGCAAACUCUGUGAAUGACUCGCUUGCGAUGGACCCAGUUCGCGCUCCUUUCCGUGGCUCGAUGGCUUCGGUUGACCUACUUCGUGAGGGAAUGUGGGGCACGCUUUCGUUGGACGCGAGGUCGCUCUCCAUGACUCAGAGCGACCUUAUUACGCAAAGCCUCAAGCAGAAAGAGACUGAUCUCGACAGCCUUGAUGGCUUCCGAAGCCAGGCCUCUGUCGCAGAUUCCCUUGAGGACGAGACAAACGAAGAUCCUAUGGCUACUAUGGGUAUCGACUCGGCCGCACCUGGGAGCGGUGGUCUGCCAGCGAAACCCUCGGUAACUCAAUUCUUCUAA